UCAUCCUCUCUUUCUUCCUUUCUUUUUGUCUCAGUUGUUUUUCGCCCACACCCUUUUCUGACGUUUCUGACGUCCCACCAUCUUCUCCUACCUUUGCUUUCCCAUAAUUAUACAUCACUCCCUCUCUCUCUCCUUCCUUUUAUCAACCAACCUCCCUUCACUUGCUUUCUCACCCAAAAACAACAUCACCCCACAAAACCCAUUUCUCAGUUUUCUCUUCUGAUUACAGACAAACCCACAAACACCAUUGCAAUGACUCGAAUUCAAAAGUGAGUUUCUGAUUGAGAUGCUGGUGAAAUAUGUGGAAAGUAAUGGGGGAAGCAGAAGGCGAACGGUUGAAAUUUUGAUCGAUAUCGGGUGGGAUUGAAGGAUGAAGCAUCACAUGUUGUUUUCUAUGGGUUUUUCUUCUUGUGUGCUUCUCUAACAGGGGUGGUUUGGAAUGUUGUGACAGUUACAAGCUGCUCUGUUCUUGUGUUUGUGGUAAGGAGCAGGACCGUUCUCGGCAGUCGGCUGUCCGGACCAGCUCUUUUCCUUAUUCUGGCACUUAGGAUAUCUCUUAAUCUUCCCCACCCAAACAUGAAACCAUCCAACUCUAAUUUUGAUGCAGGUGCAUCCGAAGAUGAAUCUGAAAUCAGUAGUCAAGUCGCUUCCAACAUCUCUACCCAAGAAACAUCCCCAGAUCCCCCGGUGGGCCCCACCAUCACCUCCCCUACAAAUCUCACCGGUCUUCGUCCUACCGAUGAGACAGUCUCUCUCGACUUGACGCUCAGCUGCAAUGGCCCAUACAAUGAAGCGGGCCACAAGGAAUCAGCGGGAUUCUCAUUAUCGAGCACAAGCGAGAGCAGCAGCGACGCUCGCCCUUCCUCGGCCGUCCCAAGAGUGUUCUCAUGCAACUACUGCCAGCGCAAAUUCUUCAGCUCUCAGGCUUUGGGGGGCCACCAGAACGCACAUAAGAGGGAACGGACACUGGCGAAGCGGGCCAUGAGGCUCGACAUGUUCUCAGAGAAGUACGCCGACCUGGCGUCGCUCCCCCUGCAUGGUUCCGUUUGCCGAUCUCUAGGCAUAAAAGCUCACUCCAUGGUGCACAAUAGCACAUUGGAGAGGUUCAACAUGAGAGGCGGUGCAAGGUUCGAACAUGGGUUUCUCGGGCUGCCGGUUUUCGCCGAAGAUGAGGACAUGGGCUUGUUUUGGCCGGGCAGUUUUAGACAGAUAGCCGACGUGGGUCCUAGUUUUGAACUCGUGGAGAAUUCAAAUUUGAAUUUUGUAGCUGUUGCACCACCUGCAGAGGAGGAUUUGUCGGCCCCAGAUCUUACAUUGAGACUUUGAGAGGUUUCUUUCUUCCUUCUCAUAAAUGUUGUUGCCAUAUCAUUUUCUGUACAGUAACAUGUCCACACACCACUACGUCGUACUUGUGUAUCGUGAUCAGUACCGUUGAUUUCGUGGGCCACCAUGCAGAAGGAUCAUGUCCCAAAAACCCAAGUGACCAAACUGUGGUAACCGCUCGAUCAGUGGCCUGGCUGGAAAGGACAUGAUUGACUCAAUAAGUGAGCAAAAAACAGCAACAACCAGAUUAUCAGAGCUAUCCAAUCACUACUGUCUCAGAUAGCCCACCCAUUUGGUGGCCUACCAGAUCAACGAAUCUCAUCACUGCACACGUUUGCCAUGUGUAUGGUGGGCCGUGGUAACGGCAUUUUUCACCGGGAGAGAUGUGAGGGAACAUUGAGCUAUGGAUGUGAAAUUUUUUUUUUUUUUUUUUUUUUGUGGCUAAUUUCAAUGUUUUCAGUGUUAGCUUAUCAUAGUUUCUGCUUGUUGUAAGGUGGAAAAUAUCUGGUGAUUAUAAUGCUAAUGAAUGUUGAUUUUUCUCCGUCC